AUGGCAAGUGAUUUAGUUGUCUUAAAUAGAAGAAAGGGGAGUAUUAGAGCACAGUUGACAAAACUGCGAACAUUCAUUGAAAAAAGACAGCAUUUAACUGAAUCGACAGUGAUUACCCAACUGGAUAUUCUUUCGAGAACAAGUACAAGAUUUGAAGAACUGAGAAACGAAUAUUAUAGGACUGUGUCGGACAAUGACUUUGAUCAAGUGGAAUCCAAUCUAUCCGAACUCGAGGAUGAAAUUUUGAAAAUAGAGGUAAGCCUCAAAUCCAUUUUACAUGAUCUCAAAUCUACUUCUGUUUCUAAUUCUACAAAUGGUGCUAUUAUUAAAGAGUCCAUAGAUAAAGUUACUUCAAUUAGAUUACCGGAAAUACCUCUUCCAUUGUUUAACGACCGCGAAUCUCGAAAGCAGUUUGAACUUUCCUUAGUAAACAAGAAAGUUCCUGAUUUUGAUGAUUUCAUAGAAUUUUUAGAAAGAAGAUAUCAAGUUUUAAAUGCCAUUGGGCACAAUAUUCCAUACAAAUCUAAAUAUUCGGAUGUUAGUGAACAGAAAAAUAAAGCACGAACUCUAUUUGUUAAGCCAUCGAAUAAUCCCAAGUAUUGUAUACUGUGUAGAAACGCUGAUCAUCCAUUGCAUAAAUGCGAUCAGUUUUUGCAAUUCUCCCCGCAAAAGCGAUAUGAAACUGUUCGAGAAAAGCAUUUAUGUUUAAAUUGUUUCGGAUCUCACAAAAUCGCUCAAUGUAAAUCGAAACACACUUGUUUCACUUGCAAAGCAAAGCCUCAUACUCUAUUACACCGGAUGCAGGUGUCCACAGUAAGCGAUGACUCAUCCUCAAUGAAUUCAAGGCAGACUCCCUCAGUUGCUGACCCCUAUUCGUUGUGCAACCCUUCCCCCCUGACUUCCUGUUUCGUUACGCAGAAGAAAAGAGUGAUUCUAGCUACGGCUGUUGUUUAUGUUUUGGAUAGUUUCGGAACUGUCAGAAAGGGUAGGGCUUUAUUAGAUUCUGGAAGCAUGUGUAAUUUGAUGACAUCUGAUUUCGCCAAUGCACUUGGUUUAAAGAAAGAAAAAAUAAAUGUUCCAAUAUCGGGGAUUUCCGAUACUACUCUUAAUGUGAAAAGAAAAAGUACCUCCACUAUUUUGAACUCGGAUGGUUCUUUUACUGCAACACUAGAUUUCUUGGUCAUUCCGAAAAUCACAGAUCUAAUGCCAUCCACAUUUAUUGAUUUAGAAGGAAUAAAAAUUCCGCCUUACGUCCAAUUAGCAGAUCCGGAAUUCUUUUCCCCCAAAAAAGUGGAUAUAUUAAUAGGGGCAGAAAUAUUCUUAAGUAUCUUAAAAGAAAAUAGAUUUGAUAUAAAUAAUUCCUUAAUUUUGCAAGAAACUGUAUUUGGACAUAUAUUAAGUGGAACAAUUCAAGGUAAACAGGAAUCACAUCAUUGUGGUUUAAUCUCUCAAAUAGAUAACUUAGAUAAUUUGUUAAAGAAAUUUUGGGAAGUUGAAAAUAUUUUAGAUACACCUACAUCUAAAAACAAAGAAGAAUUAGAAUGCGAAGAAAAUUUCAUGCAAACUUAUCGUAGGGAUGAGCAAGGUAAAUAUAUUGUUAACCUUCCUCUUAAGAAGAAUAUGCAAUUAGGCAAUUCCAUUCAAACUGCAAAACAAAGAUUAGAUAGUCUCUGGAAGCGAUUAAAUAAUGAUCCGAAUUUUUCCAAUCUUUAUUGUAAUUUCAUGAAAGAAUAUGAGCAAUUGGGUCAUAUGCAAAAAUUAGACAGUAUUGAGAAUGUAAAAUAUGUCAUGCCUCAUCACGGCGUUUACAAGGCUGAUAGUAGUACAACAAAGUUACGCGUAGUUUUCGAUGCCUCUGCUGCAUCUACUUCAGGUGUAUCUCUGAAUAACUGUUUGCUAAAAGGAGGUGUUGUUCAAGAUGACUUGUUUUCAAUCUUAUUGAGAUUCCGAAAGCACAAGGUUGCAUUUACUGCUGAUGUCAAGAAAAUGUACAGACAGAUUUGCGUUAAUCCUGAGCAGUGUAAUUUUCAAUGCAUUCUUUGGAAAACUAGGAGUUCUGAGGAACCUUCAUUUUAUAAGCUUCUUACAGUUACAUACGGCACCAAAUCUGCUCCCUACUUAGCUACGAGAGUGCUAAACCAAUUAGCAAUAGAUGAGCAACACAAAUUUCCUUUAGCAUCUGCUGUAACCUUAAAAGAUUUUUAUGUUGAUGAUGUUCUCUCUGGUGCAGAUGACGUUUCUACUGCAAUAAAAUUACAGCAAGAAUUGAUUUCUCUUCCAAAAGCUGGUGGCAUGGAUUUGCACAAAUGGUGUGCAAACAAUGAAAUGCUUUUAAAAUCUGUUCCAUCUGAAGAUCAAUGUUAUCAGUUUGGUGAUUCUGAUAAAAAUACAAUUAAAACUCUUGACUUAAAAUGGAACCCAAAAGAAGACUGCUUUGGUUUCAAUGUCACUCCAUCAACUAGCAUUCCCACAAAGCGAACUGUUUUGACUGAUAUAGCUAAACUUUUUGACCCACUUGGUUUUCUAGGACCAGUGACAGUAAAGGCAAAGAUCUUCCUCCAGAGAUUGUGGCUACACAAAAUUGAAUGGGAUCAAGUGUUACCACAUCAGGAAAAGCACGAAUGGGAAAUAUUCAGAUAUUGUUUAGGGGAUAUUACAAAGAUGCAAAUUCCUCGUUGCAUUCUAACUGACUCCAUCAAGGAAGUUGAACUACAUGGUUUUGCUGACGCAUCGAAAGAUGCUUAUGGUGCAGUCAUCUAUCUUCGUUGUGUUACUAUAUUGAAUCAUGUGAAGGUUUCUCUACUAUGCAGCAAAUCUAAAGUUGCUCCAAUUAAGGUGAUGACAAUACCCCGUCUUGAGCUAUGUGCUGCUGAGCUUCUUGCUAAGCUCGCUUCUAAAACUGUGUCAUCUCUUAACCUGAAAAUAGAUAAAAUUUGCCUCUACUCAGAUUCGACUAUAGUGCUGGCCUGGAUUAAUACUUCAUUGCAUCUGCUUAAGGUGUUUGUGUCAAAUAGAAUUUCCCGCAUCCAAGAGCUGACGAAAGAAUUUUCCUGGCACCAUGUAAAAACUUGUGAAAAUCCUGCUGAUAUUAUUUCCCGUGGUAUGACUCCUCAUCACCUUAUGAACAAUCAUUUGUGGUGGAAUGGUCCACAGUUUCUUCAACAAGUUACUGUUGAACUUAGUGAUGAAAGUAACAUUCCUACUGAUGACAAAUAUUUUCAUGAACUGAAAGGAGAGACUACUAAGACUCUAACUUUAAGUGUGGAUGCUACAUUUUUAGAUUUACUUUUAUAUAUUGUUUCUGAUCUAACUUCUGAAGCAUUCAUUGCAUGCCUCAAAAGGUUCUUUUCAAGACGAGGUAAAUCGCAAUUCAUUUUUAGUGAUAAUGGUAAGAAUUUUGUUACUGGUAAUUCUGAAUUAAAGAGAUUAGCUCUUAUGGUAACUAAACAUGAUGAAUAUUUAUCAAAAUUUUUAUCUGAAGAGGGCAUUCAAUGGAAAUUUCUUCCACCCAGAGCACCUAACUUUGGUGGCUUAUGGGAGGCAGGUGUCAAAUCCUUCAAAUACCAUCUCAAGCGUGUUGUUGGAGUUUCAAAGUUAACAUAUGAGGAAUUUUUUACUCUUCUGCAUCAGAUCGAAGGAAUUUUGAAUUCCCGUCCUAUUACUCCUUUGUCUAGUGACAUGGACGAUCUGGAAAUUCUGACACCUGGACAUUUUCUCAUUGGUAGGCCAAUCACAUCCAUUGUUGAACCAAAUUUAACAAACACGGAAAAUAAUAGAUUGAAUUUAUGGCAAAGAACCUCAAAAAUGUGCUAG